UAAAAUCCCCUUCCUCCCAACAAACAAAUGCAACAGAAGUCUCCCUCUUCCAAUAGAGAAGCUGCCCAUCAUCGAUAAUGGCUCACUCGACCGCCUAUCGGUCGCUCCUCCUUCUCUGCGCUGUGGCUUGCCUCAUUUGCGCCUCCUCUGGACAGACCUGCAAGUCGCAGAAUUUCACCAGCAACUUCUUUCAGACCUGCCAAGACCUCCCCGUCCUCGACGCCUUCCUCCACUGGACCUACUCCCCUUCCAAUAGUACCCUCGACAUCGCCUACUGGGCAACCCCUGGUUCCGCCGGCGGCUGGGUCGCCUGGGCCAUCAAUCCCACCGCCACGGGCAUGGUCGGCUCGCAGGCCAUCGUAGGCUACGUCGUCUCCGGCAAGGUCAACGUCAUAACCACCAACCUCAGCAGCUACAAACCCUCCAUGCAGAACGAGAGCCUGAGCUUCCCCGUCUCCAACCUCGCCGGCCAGUCCUCCGGCAAAGACAUCAUCCUGUUUGCGACCUUGACCCUGCCGACCAAAAAUUCCACAGUGAAUUUGGUGUGGCAGACCGGUCCCAUGUCGGGAGGAGUUCCCUCCAAGCAUCCUUUCGACGAAGCCAACCUUAAGUCAAUGAAGACCCUGGAUCUCCUCUCCGGGCAGAACACGACCACUAGCGGCGGCGAUCAGAACACGACCACUAGCGGCGGCGGUCAGAACACCACCACUAGCGGUGGCGUUUCGAAGAUCCGGAGAAAAAAUUUAACCUUUUUGGCAAACAGCUUUCUGUUUGAUUUGAUUGUUUUGCUUUCGGUGUUGGCAUUUUACAUAAUAUAACGAUAAGCCUUUGGCUGA